CAUUUGUCGCGUCAUGUUAUUUUCCCGGUGUUGACUAUUUCUUGCUGUCGCUCGUCACUAUGAAGGCGACCUGCGAAAUCUGCAGUGCCGAGUUCCGGCGGACUGAACACCUCACCCGACAUCUGCUACGCCACGCAGGCGCCCGGCCAUUCUCUUGCGACCGAUGCGGAUCGCGCUUUUCGAGAAGGGAUACUCUCCGGCGCCAUAUUCUCGGUCACGGCAAGGAAAUUCCCCUUCGAGCUCAUUCCAGCCGUUCAAAGGCCGGUAAAGCCUGCGAGAGCUGUGCCAAGGCGAAGCAGCGAUGCGAUGGGGACACUCGAUGUGGUCGUUGCGUUGGUAAGGGCAUACGAUGCGUCUAUCCACCACCAAAAAUGGCCCCUCCAUUGAGUCCGUUGAGUCCAUUGACGGAUCAAAACUCUCUCGUUUCCCAUCUGGGCCUCCCGGAAUUUAUCACGCGAAACUCAACGUUGCCGUCACUAAUUCCUGAUGCCACCGAAAAUGCUCCGCCACCAACCGCACCGGCGGCCCCUCUCCCGGACGCCCACCAUCCCGAUCCCGCUGCCCCUCCACAUGCCGUUGAGUCUGGACUUUUACCCCUUCACUCGGAGCUCACUCUUGCCGAUUUUUAUCCCAUGAUCCCUCUGCCAUCUACGAAACAUUCAUAUGGCUCCUGUGUGGCAUCUUCUGUGGACCCUCGCAAGUCAUCCGGCCCCUGCAUGGCUCCCGUGGAUUAUCUGGAACUUAUCGAGUCCCUUCCGGUUUUGGACGUCAAUACUGACUGGCUCUGUACCGGAGGGUGGGAUCUUGGCUCCCCUGAGUCGAGGCUAUUAGCAAAAACCCCAAUAGUUGGACGUGAAUAUUACCUUGAAGGCGGCCUAUCGAGCGCACCGGCUCUAAUUAUACCUAGCAUAGCACCCACGCCACUCUCCUCCACGUCAGGAGGCCAACAGACCUGGGUAGCAUCACUCCCUUGCGACGAAAGUCCGCCGGGAUCGCCUUUGCCUGACGCACCCGUACCCAGCUUUGUGGGCAUUGGCCGCCAUCCCAGUUCUCGAACCAACACUUAUAGACCUAACACGCCCGAACCACUAGAUACAGGCAACGAAGACUGGAGAAUAGACGACUACGACAAUGUUCCCCGCUUAUCGCACGACCCUUACAAUGCCAUUGCCGCCUGCUUUGCCUCGGUCAAUCAAGACAAUGGGUUCUAUCGAUCUUUCACAACAAAGCCACUGCCGUCCCAGGAUUCGAUGAACUCGUUUAUACAAGUUUAUUUCGAAGUAUUUCAGCCUAUCUUUCCGCUGCUUCAUCAACCGACCUUUGAUCCCAGCCAGUGCCACUGGCUCUUGGUGCUUGCCGUUGCUGCGACGGGCUGUCGCUUCUCGCAGCAGUCAAGGGGUGCGACGAGAUUGAUGGAUAACUUACUACGACGGGCCGUGCAACUCAAUGUAGGCUGCCCAUGCUAUCUUUCUAAAUCCCCUUUCCUACCCGCAUGA